AUGUGUACCACCCUCUUCCUGCUCAGCACCUUGGCCAUGCUCUGGCGCCGCCGAUUUGCCAACCGGGUGGAACCAGAGCCCAGCCGAGCGGACGGAGCAGUUAUGGGCAGUAGCUCGGAUACAGACCUCCAGUCCUCAUCCUUGGGCAGGGAAAAAGAGCCUUUGAAGUAAGUCCGAAGCUCUUCAGGAGGGGCUCAACUCCAG